AACGCCGCUAGCUGCUCUUCGCUCGAAGUUGACCGUUGGUAUGGUAGUUCUCUGCAUUAGCCAGAGAGGAUGACGUCACACACAUAAAAAAAUGUAUAGCAGAAAGAAAACUGUCAGAAGUGUUAUUAAUGAAAUCAGAGGGUGUCUGCUCGGUGUUGUUGUUAUUCUUAUAACAAGUAUGUAUAUAUGAAGUGUAUUUUGGAUUACUAAAAACGUAUACAAUAUGAUAUACUUAUGAAAAUUUAAGCAUAAAAUUUUACUAGCUUAAGUUUACAAUGAUUAUUCUCGAGGUUCAAGCGUAAAGAAAACUAAAAUCUUACCAUGAAAUCAAUUUGGCAUCAACAAGUUUUUGCUUUGGAUGCCAAGUAUCAUUCCCAAAGAGCCGUAAACACCAACAGCUUGGGAAUGAUGUAUAUACGCAGAAGGAGCCAGCUGUUACAAGCUAAACCCUGCAAGGAUCCUGAAUUGCAAAGACGGUACUUGAAACUUAGAUCGGAAUUGCUCAGGCGUAGAUACGGCACUUGCCUGGAUACAGCGAGUUUGCCUUCAGAAAAGAGCUUUGAUAUAAAAGGCAAAGAUAAAACUACCAACAAAAGAACAGCUGAGCGUUUUGCAGGAGUCCAUCAUGUCUUUGAUCAUCACUCUGCAGCCAUCUCUAUGCUCAAAUUCGCCAACAAUGACAGAUCUAGAUUCUGCUGUGCCUCAAACGAUGGAACAAUUUCCAUUUGUGAAUGUACUCCACCCAAGGUUGUUGCUUUUCUUCAAGGCCAUCAAAAGGGUGUUACUGCAAUUGACUGGAGUACGAGCAAUGAUCUAUUGGUUUCUUCAUCCUUGGACUGUACAGUUAGACUGUGGAAAAUUCAUCAAGACUCAAAGACAGACUGUUUGAGGAUUACUCUGGACCAAAGCAGAGCAGAAGUUCUGUGCUGUGUUUUUGUCCCUACAAACAAUAAUUUUGUUUUGGCGGGUAACUCCCGGGGGUUACUGCAGACUUUAAAUGUCUCAACUGGAAAGUUUACAAAGAAUGGAACUUUAAAAAUUGGUGGAAGAAUCACAGCAUUAUCUUGCGAAGAAAGUGGUGGAUCUAUAGUAUGGGCAGGUAAUGACAGAGGUAACAUUAUCUCGUUUAGGUUGGAACCAUUAGGAUUAGGAAAAUUAACCAAGUUACGUAGAAUGGAAGGAACUGGUGGGACUAUAACGAGUCUUUCCUGGCGUCCAUGGUUAUCUAAAGACUUUCCGUGGCCAACUCUUUUAGUGAGCAGUGCAUGCAAUGCCGUGCUUUUGUUUAAGGUAGCCGAUGAUCAGGGUUGUUUAGUCAGUUGGAAAAAAUAUCCAAUCAAACACAGGCAGUAUUUUAUUCGUUCGACAUUUUGUCCACAAAUGGCUCAAAUAGCCACGGGCUCAGAAGAUGGUACUAUAUUUUUAUUUGACUCUGUAAGAGAUGGAAAGGUCAUUCUGCAAGGUCACUCAUCAGCAACAUUAUCGCUCAGUUUUAAUUAUGACGAGUCUCUUUUAGCUUCUGGAGAUAAAAACGGUCUUGUUAUCUUAUGGCGCACCAAUCAAGCCUGAAUCCUCAAAUUAAUUUUAUAC